AUGCUGACGCGCGCAGGCCUUUGCUUGGCGAUGGGAGUCGUCCUGGUGGCAGGCUACCACACGCCGGUGUGGCUUGUCCCCUUUGGCAUCGUGUUCGAGGGAGUAUCGCUGGCGUGGUUCUAUUUGAUUCAAAAGGAUUGCGAAAAGGGACACUUUUUCCCAAGCUCUUCGUUGAAUACGGUGGUCUCUUACCUCCUGCGCUGGGAGCUGCACUUGGCGGUGGCGAUUUUGCUCACUGCGACACAGGUGUGGAGCUUCGGGGCACUGCUCAAGUUCUGGCUUUUGCCCUUCCUGGUGAUGCAAGCCACCUUGGCCACAACUACAAAUGCCGAUGAGGCAAGGUCAACGGCGUCGCAAGUCAGCGAUUUGCUUGACAUUGCGCAGCAAGCAGACCAGUCGUCGGUCUUCCGACGCCAGGUGACCUUGGCAGUUCUUGUUCCCAUGCUGGCUUUGGUAUCCUUAUCGGUGAGUGGUGAUCAGGAUGAAGAAGAGGAUUGCCCGCUUCGACUGGCAGUUUGGGGUUGCACUCCAUCAAAUUCCAAUGUGCCAUACUCAGUGCCCGGUUGGCUUGCAGAGGAAAGGGGCAGUGGAAGUUUUGGAUCCAAUGCGGACCUGGCAGGGUCAGCCAAGAAGAAGACUCCAUUGGAGCAAAUCCUUAAUGUGAUCGGCUGGCCGGCACGCUAUCUGUUUCGAGAGAUGUGGUUGUGGACGGAGAGGGACCUUACCCUUUAUGCUGUGGUUUCGCUCUUCUUGGUGGAGGUUUAUGUUGGAAUGCAGUACUUUGCUUGGUCUCCCGUCUGUUUGCUCUAUCCCAUCCUCUCGAGCUCUUCAGGUUCGAGGAAAGCUCAAGAGUUGCAAGACGAGCUUGUGAUGAUUUUUGCGCCCGAGUCGCUCUGCUCAGCUUUAUUUUGCCUUUUGCUUGCUGCCUGGGCGGUGGCGGUGAAGGCUGUGUGUUUGGCGAUCAAGACUGCAGGUAUCGAUUCUGGCGCAGAGUGA